GCAGCCGUCCGCAACGACAGGAACAAGAAGAAGAAGGAGGUGAAGGAGGAGGUGAGGGUGGAGAGCUACGAGCUGAGCCCGGAGCUGGAGGAGCUGGUGCAGAAGGUCAGCAGAGCCCACCAGGAGACCUUCCCCUCCCUCUGCCAGCUGGGCAAGUACACCACGAACUCGAGCGCUGACCACCGGGUGCAGCUGGACUUGGGGCUGUGGGACAAGUUCAGCGAGUUGGCCACCAAGUGCAUCAUCAAGAUCGUGGAGUUCGCCAAGCGCUUGCCCGGCUUCACCGCCCUCAGCAUGGCCGACCAGAUCACCCUCCUCAAGGCGGCGUGUCUGGAUAUCCUGAUCCUGCGGAUCUGCACGCGCUACACGCCGGAGCAGGACACCAUGACCUUCUCGGACGGGCUGACGCUGAACCGGACGCAGAUGCACAACGCCGGCUUCGGGCCCCUCACCGACCUGGUCUUCGCCUUCGCCGGGCAGCUGCUGCCCCUCCAGAUGGACGACACCGAGACCGGGCUGCUCAGCGCCAUCUGCCUCAUCUGCGGAG